CAUCAUACUUUAAUCUUAAUCUAUUCUACGGAUGAGCCUGGGCCCUGCUCUAGAAAUUAUUACUUUUGAUCCUUUCGGAUGAGCCUGGGCUGUGCUCCAAAAGUUCGUAUUUGUAUUUCAAUGAUGAGCCUGGACCAAAUGUUCGUAGGUGGAUGACUACUCACGCGCGCACCAACAUACCCAGUAUAUGUGCAGUUGGUGAUGUUACGAAUCGAAUGAAUCUUACACCUGUAACAUUAAUGGAGGGAACCUGCUUUGCAUGCAUUGCCUGUAGAAAAACUGUUUUUGGUGGACAACCAUUCAAACCAGACUACAACAAUAUACCCUGUGCUGUGUUUAGUGGAGCUAAUAUGAUCCUUGCUGGAAAGGAGGAACAAGGGUUCACUACUGCUGAGGGUAUUUUCAUUGCAGGCUGGUCAGAGGAGAGCUAUGGGUAAGUAUUUUGCAUAACAAUCUUUGGUAACUGUUUCUAACUGUAGCUUCAUUAGAUACUUCUCGUCCUUCUAUAGUUAGAAUAUGCAUAAAGAUUGGUAAUAAAAAUCACUAACAUGU